UUUGAUAAGAGAGGAGGCUGAGUAUCUUCAUGUGGCAAUGAGGCAUGAAGUUGAAACACUUGAUGAUUUUGUUGAAUCACAUGCACUCUAGACUGAGUAUGAUAAUGUGAAGGAGAAGAUGGAUAGUGACAAGGUGAAGGCAGAAAGCCUUGAGAAGAAGAAGAAGUUCAAUGUUCUCACACAGGGUCUUGAGUUUGGAUUAUUAGAGACGGGCUGCAACCCUGUGGCGUCAAAUUGAGGCAACCUUUCAGCAGAUGGGCACUGCAGGAACUGAACUGGAAUGUUUUCAAGCAUUGCAAAAGCAAGAGAAGCUGGCAGCCAAACACAGAAUAAAUGAUCUCUGGGAGGAAGUUCAAAAGCAAAAGUUGCUUGAGCAAACUCUACAAAGACGCUACGGAGAUCUUUUGGCUGAGCUUGAAAGGACACAAAAUCAGAUAAACGUCUACAGAGCACAAUCACAAAAACAAGAAGAAAUUGCAGCAGAGAAUCAUGCUUCUGAGUCAGCAGAGGCCGUAGCAAAUCAAACUGCUUUGUCAUCAAGCUCAGAACUUUCUGAGCCUGUACCAUCAGAUGAUCUUGCAAUCUCUAAACCAGAAGGCAAUGUCUCUGAAUAUGUUGAAGGCGUGGGUGUUGCAAAUGGGGAUGUCAAACAGACGGACAGAACUGUAGAUAUGCUGGAAACUUCAGCCCCGGAGCAAUAAGAUGGUUGAAAAUUCACCAGUCUCGUGGAGAUUUUUGCUCAAAAUAGAUUGGAUCUGGGGAUGAAUGUUGAUUAUCCUUUAACUCACCCUUAUUUUUGUAAUGAAAACUCAUCCUGUAACAGUUUUACUUAGAAGAAAGGACAUCACAAAAU